UCAGUUAUUUUUUAAACAUCACGCUUUUUCUUAAUCUUUUUAAAGUUUAUUUUUUAAGUAAAGUAGUGCAACGUUUCGAUAACUUUCAUCCCUUCGAAAAGUCUGAAAACAGGAUAGCUAUUUGCAAACGAAAAUCUACCAGUGCCAGAGUCUUUUGAAAAGCAUAUGAAUCAUUUCAUUUAAUUGAAUACGUUUAAAUUCUGGUAAUUUAUGAAUUAUGAAUGACUUUUAUUAUUAAACUUUAUCAGAUUUUUCAAGUAUUUUCCGUUGCAACUCUUUCCUCAAUUCAAAACUGUGGAAACUCAAAUUUAGUGUUACGUCACUUAACAAAUGCAUCAUAUAUUUUGGGAGGUCUCUUUUCUACUCAUGCUAAAGAGGGCAGAUCUUAUGUUCUUAACGAAGCGCCAAUUCUGUUGGUAUCAUCGAUGAUUCUUGCAAUUCAAGAAAUAAAUGAAGUCAACAAUAUAUUGCCAGGAAUUAAUUUAGGAUUUGAGAUUCGUGAUACAAGUCACGAGAUUUUGUGCUCAUGCAAUCAUGCCUUGGAUUUCUUGUUGGAUAAAAGACAAAACUCUGUUCUUAUAGGAGUAGUAGGACCUGGUUCAAGUUUUUUAAGUGCAGCAGUAAGUACCAUGUUGCUAUCUGAUUAUAUACCUCAAGCUUCGUAUGCAUCAACAAGUAUAUCAUUAUCAGACCGCACCGUAUAUCGCAAUUUUUUCAGAACAAUUUCUACUGAUAACUAUCAAGCAAAUGCUAUUAUUGAUUUGAUUGAUAAGUUUCAAUGGACAUAUAUAUCGUUAUUUACUUCUAAUGACGAAUAUGGUCGUUUUGGUCGUGAUGAAAUUCUCAAAGCUGCAAAGGAAAAAAACAUUUGUUUUUCUGUUGAUCAAAUGUUUGAUCUAAAUCUCUCUGAUGAUGAAGUUAAUGUAAUCUUGGAAAAGAUUGAAAAAAAUUCUCGCGUUGUAGUAUUAUGGAGCGAACCUCCAUCUGGAUCAAUUAUAAUUUCAAAAAGUAUAGCACGUGGUUUAAAAAAUGUCACCUGGAUAGGAACUGAAACAUGGAAAAAUGAAGUGCUCCAAUUUUGUAAUGCAAAUAUUUCGCACAAUAUAAUAUUUUUAAAACUUAAGGAUUAUCCUAUUACUGCAAUUAAUAAUGACAUUUUAAAAGCAGAUAAAAAAAGUCAAAUAAAUUGCGAAAAUCCUUGGUAUAAGGAACUUUUAAGAAAAUAUGUUAUGAACAACACAGAGUGUAUACCAGGUUUUGCAGCUACAAUAUCUAAAGGCUAUACAAGUCAAGUAUACAGUGCUGUCUAUGCUUUUGCGCACGGUUUGCAUAACUACCUAAACUGCUCAUCUGAAAAAUGCGUUACAGUUUCUGGCUCAUUGGAUUAUGAGCUACUUUAUAACUACAUUAUCAAUGCUCAAUUUAAUGUUCCCAAUAGUAACUAUUCAGUAAAGUUUGAUAAAAAUGGAGAAUUUUUGUUUCCUGCGUACCAGUACAUGUUUGUUGAUCAAAAAGGAUUAAUUAAGUUUGGAUCCUGGGAGUAUAAUCCAACCAAUGUAUUUAUAAAUGAAAGCACCAUCGUUUGGAAAAACAACAUAAGACCAAAAUCUGUUUGCAGCUCUAUUUGCAAUCCAGGUACAUAUAAAGUCAACUCUACGUUAUCAAAAUGUUGCUGGAUUUGUGUAAAAUGUCCACAUGGCUCAAUUUCAAGCUCCGUGAACCAAUACUCAUGUACAAAGUGCUCACUUACGUCAUUGGAAAAUUCAGAUCAGACAAAAUGCAAUAAUAUGUUGGAAAUCAGCCUAAACAUUUUUAGCACUUCUGGUAUAGUAAUUAUUAUUGGAUCAUCAUUAGGUGCAACUUGCACAGGUUUUGUAUUGAUUUUGAUUUUUAAAUAUCCAAACAAUCCAAUUAUUAGAAGUUCUAAUAGAGAAAUGUCUUGUAUCCAGUUAUUUUCUCUACAACUCUUGUUUUGCACUUCAUUUAUAUAUUUUUUGAAACCCACUCCAAGUUUUUGUGUUUUAAGAACAUCAUUAUUCGGCAUUUUGCUCGCUACUGUUUUAUCUGUUGUUACAAUAAAAACAUACCGAUUGCUUCGGAUUUUUAACUCGAGGUUUAAAAAAGCUUCACAAUUUUUGGAUAACAAAUUUCAAAUCACUUUGAUAUUCUCAGUUGUUUCAUUGCAAGGAGUAGUGAUUGUAAUUUGGCAUAUUUAUAAUCCAACUAGCGUCCAAAUUGUUCCGAACUCUUUAAAAAAUAUGUUUUAUUAUGUCUGUGAUAAUGAAAAAACUGUUGCUUGGAUUUCAUUGACGUAUUUUUUGGCGUUGGCUAUUACAAGUGGAUGCAUGGCCUUCAUGGCGCGCAAAUUACCCGAUAAUUAUAAAGAAACUCAUAGUAUUGUAUAUGCAAUGUUUACUGUUUGCGUUUUAUGGAUUUCAUAUUUUCCGAUAUACGUUAGUCUUGAUCCACAUAAAUCUACAGUGGCAUUUUUAUCGAUUAACAUACUUUCGUGCUAUUCUUUGCUCUUUAUUUUGUAUGGAAAUAAAACAAGACGCAUUUUGCGAAAUCCUAAAUUAAAAAGUUCAAACUUUUUCUAUAGCAGUUCUGUAGAUAAAGUCUUGCACACUUAUGUUGAGAAAGUUGUUCAAAAAGAUGGCUCUACUAUAGACGUUGAACGUAGCGUUGUUAUGUACAAAAAAACAGCUCAAUCAGAGACCAUUUUCUAAAGCUAAAACAUUUUAAUGCAUAGAUUUACUGUGUGCUCUAAGAAAAACGUUUGUAUAAUAAACUAUUAGAUAUAUGAACCAUAGUAAAACAUUCUUUUCCAAUAUGUUUAAUAGAUUAAAUAUUUUAUUAUAAUAAGUAAAAUCUAUUUAAAAAAAAAUUACUUUCAAUGUUAAGUAAAAAACUUUUAACGACAUUUCUAGAAAUUGUU